UUGCAUUGUCAUUACAAUAAGCUGAGUAAACAAAUUGCAGACCCUUUGGGAGAUUGAAAAGCAAAGUUAAAUCUCCCAACAAAGAGUCUGCAAAAUGUGGACAAAGUGAAUUUAUGUGAAGGUUGGACAUGGAAGGUUAAUGCCUAAAAUACUGCCCUUCCUUUGGGUAGAGCUGCUGUGUAAGAAGUGAAGCUGGUUUACAAAAGCCCAGCGAAAGGGACCUGAAGUUCUUUAUAAAAGUGUGUGUGAUAUUCUGUUCAAUGAAGAAGAGCUGGAAGAGUCUGUUUCUCUUGAGCAGCUCCUAAGGCUCUGUCCAGCUGUUGUUGGAAUGCGAGCAGUGCUCGUGUUAUUUGCGUGUCUGUGGCCAAGGGUAACACCGGACAUUGCUUGAAGGUUUCAAAGUGAAACUCAGCCCUGUGGCCACAAGCAAAGUGCAGAUUAGUGAGAGGUUAAAUGCUCAUAUUUCUUGUAGGUGUAAAAAUAGCACAAUAUUGCUUCUCCUUCCCUCCUUCCCUCCCUCUUCAUGGGUGUGCAAAAAAAGUGAGCUCUGUGGUCUCACUGGCAACAGCCAUGUGAUCCUUCAAAGACACCAAGGUACCCACACAGUGGGUGUGGGGUCAGUGAGUGAAGUCAGCAGGGCUCUGCCUCUCCAGGAGCUGUGUGUGUAGCUUGUCAGUAAGAAGGAGGGAAGCACAGGCUCUUUUGGCAUCCCUUCUUUGGCAUUUAAGUUACCUGUUAAACGCUGACCGCCCCCAUCUCCAAACCAUCAUGAAGAAGUCUUCUUCUUGGCCACCACAUCAGAACCUUGAGAGAAGGGCACCUAAGGAUGCCCAGAGAGUGAGGCAGGGGAGGACCAGGGAAUGCUAAAAAAUGACUCAGAAGGCACAUAGGAGUAACUGGUGUCUCAGGGAGGAUGAGGAUGUAGAGCUGGUCCCGCGGUCUGGCUAGAAGUUUGUCAGUGGCUUGACAAACCAACGUGGAUGGUAAAGAUGGAUGGUGACAGCUCCACAACAGAUGCUUCUCAGUUAGGAAUUGCUGGAGAUUACAUUGGUGGCAGUCACUAUGUCAUACAGCCUCACGAUGACACAGAAGACAGCAUGAAUGAUCAUGAAGAUACAAAUGGCUCAAAAGAGAGUUUUAGAGAACAAGAUAUAUAUCUUCCAAUUGCAAAUGUGGCAAGGAUAAUGAAAAAUGCCAUACCCCAAACAGGAAAGAUUGCUAAGGAUGCAAAGGAAUGUGUACAAGAGUGUGUAAGUGAAUUCAUCAGCUUUAUAACAUCAGAAGCAAGUGAGAGGUGUCACCAAGAGAAAAGAAAGACCAUCAAUGGAGAGGAUAUUCUUUUUGCCAUGUCUACCUUGGGGUUUGAUAGCUAUGUUGAACCUUUGAAGUUAUACCUCCAAAAAUUCAGAGAGGCAAUGAAAGGAGAAAAGGGAAUUGGGGGAACAGUUACAACUGCAGAUGGUCUAAGUGAGGAGCUCACAGAAGAAGCAUUUACUAACCAGUUGCCAGCAGGCUUAAUAACCACAGACGGCCAACAGCAGAAUGUUAUGGUCUACACAACAUCAUAUCAACAGAUCUCUGGUGUUCAGCAAAUUCAGUUCUCAUGAUUUUGAAGAAAACUUUCCAUCUGGGAACACAAGACAGAAAACCUGUGCAACUCUAACGAAGAGGCAGUUUUAAUGACUGGUGAAGAGAUUUAUCUCUUUGUAUAUUAAAUAGCUGUAAUGUAGCUACCAGAAGCUUGACUAAUUGAGGUGUGAGUUCUGACUCAAAUCUUUUUCAUGAUGAUUUUAAAGAAAUAAUUGGAUUUUAAAGGUAUUAAAGUAUUUUUGUUUUGUACAAGAGUUUGUUGCUCUGUAUAACUCCUGUAUGCAUUGUAUAUUGCAAUUUAUUACUGUCAGAGAUUUGUAGACAGUUUCUUAUUUUCAUAUUGAAUCAUGUUACUUUUGUAAUUCAGGUAAACAGCUGGGUUAAUUCAUGUUUACCCUUUGAAUAAAAUGGUAAGGGUAAAGUUCAUUUUUGAAUGCAAGUUGCCUUUAUUAUAAAGAUUGAGUUAGUCUUGGUUAUGUAACUUGUCUUGCAUGACAACCUCAACUAACUUUACAUGUCAGCUUAUUUAUUGAGAUUUUGAAAGGGACUUUUUCCUCAUGAAACUAGCAGCUCAAAAGAAUUGCUACAAUUGUUUUUUCUAAUGUAACUUCUGAAUUAAAGGUUAAUCAAAACCAA